GUCCAGAGGAAGUUAGUCCGGUCGCAGAUCCAGAUGAUCGCGCUGGGCGGCACGCUCGGUGUUGGGCUCUACCUCAACUCGGGCAAGGCCUUCAGCAUUGCUGGGCCGCUAGGCUGUUUCCUCGGGUUCACCAUCUCUGGAAGCAUAGUGCUGGCCACUAUGCUGAGCUUUGCGGAGAUGUCCACGCUGAUCCCGACCACGUCGAGCAUUUCAGGGCUGGCGUCACGGUUUGUCGAAGAUGCCUUUGGCUUUGCGCUGGGAUGGUGCUAUUGGCUGAGCUUCACCAUUGCGAUGCCUUCAGAGGUGUGUGCGGCCACGAUCAUGCUGAGCUACUACACGGACCUGGAUGUUCCCUCCGCGUCGACGUCUGGCUUUGUUGUGCUGUUUCUGGUGUUCAUCAUCGGGAUCAACCUCUUUGACGUCAGAGUCUACGGCAACAUCGAGUACGUGACCUCGCUGGUCAAGGUGCUGUUCUCCGUGGCCCUGAUCAUCACGAUGAUCGUGCUCAAUGUGCAAGAGAAUUAUGGGUUCAUGUACUGGACCCCGUCCCGGUCACCGUCGUGGGCCAGCUAUGGUCCAUUCAGGCCCACUUUUGACUUGAACGACGUUGGACAGGGCUCCAGGGGUGGCAUUGGUGGAGGCUGGGGCCGUCUGUUGGGCGUGCUUUCUUCGGUAUUGAUCUCGUCGUAUGCGUACACUGGAAGUGAGAUUGGAUUCAUCGCCUCCAUGGAGUGUAAGAACCCGAGAAAGGCCCUUCCAAGCGUGACGAAGAGAGUCUUUGGCCGUGUGGUGUUCCUCUAUCUGCUCUCCAUCUUCCUCGUGAGCCUGAACUUCUACUCUGGCGAUCCUCGUCUAUUGCACUAUUACUCGCCUGAUGAUGCUGCUAAGGAUAUCUCGCCUUCAAUCUUGGAACAUUACCAAACACAGUGCACUUCUAGCACGCUAUCCCAAUACUCCAACGGGAACCAGUCUCCCUGGAUCAUUGCUCUACAGACAGUGGGGCUUUGUUCGUAUGCUGCUGUGAGUAAUGCCUUCUUCAUCAUGUUUGCUGUCACUGCAGGCUCGUCCCAUCUGUACGUAUCUUCACGUACCAUUUACUCAAUGGCUACCCAAGGGAAGGCCUUCCAAGUCUUUGCAACAUGCUCGGAUGCUGGUGUCCCUUACGUGGCAGUGCUCUCGUCAGGAUCGUUCGGGUUGUUGGCCUUCCUGUCCAUCAAUAAGAAGGCACUGAGGGUGUUCCAGGAUUUUGCGAACAUCUCUUCAACCACUGCGAUGCUGAUGUGGGCAGGGAUGUGUCUCUCAUUCAUACGGUUCUACUACGGACUCAAGCUGAGGCCUGAUAUCAUCUCACGGAGUGAUCCUUCCUACCCCUACAGAUCACCACUACAACCGUUCUUAGCCAUCUACGGCCUGAUAGGGUCGUUGUUAAUUGUGAUAUUUAUGGGGUUUGUUGUGUUCUUGAAAGGAUAUUGGAACACACAGACUUUCUUUGUGAGUUAUGGUGCCCUGAUGCUGUUUGCUAUCUGCUACUUUGGUUAUAAGUUCUUUAGAAGCUCCAAGAUCCACAGGCUGGAUCAAUUGGACUUGGACUCUGGAAGAAGAGAGAUGGAUCGCAUCAUCUGGGACGAGGAGACGAACUACAUAAGUUCUGUUGGUGAACUGAUCAAGAAGGUCAUAUCGUGGCUG